CGCCGAGCAUCCACGGCGAACACCACCCAACAAAAUGGCGAGCUCCUCGAACAGCUAUUACGAUUUGUAUCGCCAUGGAAGUCUCGGUGUCGCCUUGACGGAUGCCCUCGACGAGCUCAUCGGCGACGAGCGCAUUGACCCGCAGCUUGCCAUGAAGGUCCUCACUCAGUUUGACCGCGUCAUCGCCGAAACACUGCAGGAGAAAGUCAAGGCUCGAUUGACUUUUAAGGGUUCUCUUGACACUUACCGGUUCUGUGACGAGGUCUGGACCUUCCUCAUCCGAAACGUCACUUUCAAGCUCGACAACGGGAGCCAGACAGUUCAGGCAGACAAGGUCAAGAUCGUCAGCUGCAGUUCUAAGAAGACGGAAGAGAAAUAGAACAACCUCCGGCAUCUCAAACCGGAGCCGGAAUCGAUGGAGGGUGCGGAGGUGAAGGCGAACUCAUGGUCUCCCUGAAACCUGAGCUAUACCGAACGCUACAGACAGGCGACGGGAUCGGAUGGAUUGAAACCGGUCGCGUCUUUUGCACCAAGAACCGGGAAGACGGUUGGAGGAAAGCUCCUGCAUUACUCCGUCGGCAAACGCAGCCAGCGGAGGUGAAGAUGGACGUCAAGCGGGGUUUACGAAUGCUUCGACAUUGGUAUUCUCGUCGCAUUUGUCCUUUGACUUGGAAUGGGUCAUACCUGGCGUGGAUACAUCGGCAGCCUUAAGGACGGGUUUUUGGUCGGCGUUAACUGGGACUGAUAGGGAAGGCGUUGAGCGGCUCAUAGCAUGAAGUAAUGGUUUAUAACGAAAUUGAAAUGGUGACUUUUAUCUGCGG